AUGGGCGGGAAGUUAACAGAUAAUGAUAUGGACCAGCUGGAGCAAUGGAUAGGAUCGGUGUAUGGUGGUUAUGUACAAAAAAGCUGGAAAAGUAGUGGCAAUUGGACAAACGACACUCCUGCCUUUCUGUAUCAGUUACGAUUUAAUGGGAAUGAUAAACGUACCAAAUUUCCAAUACAAUCUGGAAAUUCUCAGUAUGCUCUAUUCUGUAAUUCAACUUACGGUCCAUUAUUUGGUUCUGGUCAUGACCUCAGGACCUUCCAAAACACAGUAAACAGCUCAGGUACCUACUUUGCUCUCGAUGGUCAAAUGAACAUUGGUAAUUCCUACGACAAUCAAGGUGUUACUACAGCCCAGAUUAAUAAUGGUAACAUGAACGUUACCGAGUUAGAGUAUCUAAAUGAGCUAACUGAGGAUAUUGUAUCCUUCAAACCAAUUCCUGACUUGAAAGUGACAGAUGCCCGGAUUUUGAUUAUUGGUCCAGUUGGUGCAGGAAAGUCGAGUUUUUUCAACACUAUCAAUUCAAUCUUUCGAGGUCGAAUUACACAGAAGGCGCGUAGUGGUAGCGCAGAGCAAAGCCUUACGACUGCUGUGAGUAUUAAUGCUAUUUGGACUACGAAUCCUUAG